AAGCAAGCGGUGAGUAGAGAAUAAGCAGAUAACAAAUUCACCGGAAGAAGAGAGCCGUAGACCCAACAAAAGCACGCACAACCCCAAAUUCACCCAACACAAAACCACUGGCACACAGAGACAAACCCUCCCCUAUAAAGACGUUCAUCACAAUAACUACUCACUUCUGGGCCCCACAAUGGACACCGUACAGCCUGGUGGAGCCCUCGCCGGAGAUGAUCUCUCCUCCCUAUCUUCGUCCCCCGCCACCAUCUUGUCGCGGUGGACAUUCGCCUUGUCGCGACGUUACCAGCAUCUGCUGGACAAGACGGUUCCUUAUAUCCUUUACCGAUGGAUCGCCUGUCUCUUCGUUGCUCUCAUCUACGCCAUACGCGUGUACUUCGUCCAGGGUUUUUACAUCAUCACCUACGGCCUUGGCAUCUAUAUGCUUAACCUCUUGAUAGGGUUUCUGUCUCCUCAGAUUGACCCUGAGAUCCAUGACGGGCCUUCCCUCCCCACCCGUGGAUCCGACGAGUUCCGCCCCUUUGUUCGCCGCCUCCCCGAAUUCAAGUUCUGGUACUCUAUUACCAAAGCUUUCUGCAUUGCUUUUCUCAUGACAUUCUUUGCUGUCUUUGAUGUACCUGUCUUUUGGCCAAUACUCCUUUUCUAUUGGCUAUUACUUUUUGUUCUCACUAUGAGGAGACAAAUAAUGCACAUGGUCAAGUACAGAUAUGUUCCAUUCUCUUUCGGUAAACAGCGAUAUGAUGGAAAGAAGGCACCUUCAACCGACAGCAUGAGCCUGCCCAGGGAUUGAAUUCCUAAGCAAUUUUAUGUUGCAGGUGGAAUGUUUGAACGCUCUGGUUGUUGUAGAAGUUAUUUUGACAACUAAUUUUGGUGCAAUGAGAGAUUAUUAUUGUUCCUCAGAUUCCCAGAUUUUUACUUGGCAAGCUUGCCUAUGUCCUAGAUGAAACUUUUAGCUUUGAGGAAGCAAAGUGGUCCCUAAUGUCAUUUUUCAGGUGGAAUAUUUUGUAUAGAGGGCAGCUUGCUUGCUACAUUUCUUCAGCCAAAUUGUUAAUCAAAUGACUUGUAGUUUACAGAGGAAUGUCAAUCAAGCAAUGCAAAAAGAUAAUGCUAAAUUCAGUUACAAAUUGUUCUUUCUUCAGUCGAAAAUGCCAAUUGCUCAUUCUGUAAUAUAUAGUUUUACUGAUCAUGAGUACCAUAUUUUGGAUUGUGCCCUUGUGAUGUAUCAAUAAAGUCUUUGUAGUGGUU